AUGGAAUUUGAUCCAAAAAAGUUUGAGGUCAUGCACUUGAGGACAACUAACAAGUUUUUGAGUCAGCUGAUGAUAUUUCUCACAAGUGCUGUCAGCACCAUAUUUUGUGGGCACUUAGGAAAAAUAGAAUUGGAUGCAGUUACACUUGCUACAGCAAUGGUCAAUAUAUCGGGUGUCUCUGUAGGUGUUGGUUUGUCGUUAGCUUGUGACACACUCAUAUCCCAGACAUUUGGCAGUAAGAACCUGAAGCAAAUCGGAGUGAUUCUCCAACGAGGGAUCCUCAUUCUUAUGAUCGCCUGCUUUCCCUGCUGGGCUCUCUUUGUUAACACAGAAAAUAUCCUGUUAGCCUUCAAGCAGUCUCCUGAGGUGGCCAAGUUAACAAAUUUGUAUGUGCUGGUAUUUAUUCCUGCUCUCCCUGCAGUGUUCCUUUAUCAUUUAGAGAUCAGAUACCUUCAAAAUCAGGGGAUUACUAUGCCACCAGUUUUCAUUGGUGUCUUAGUCAACAUUCUCAAUGCCCUAAUAAAUUAUCUGUUGUUGAAUAUAUUUUCUCUGGGAGUACAGGGCUCUGCAGCUGCCAAUGCUGUCUCUCAGUACUGCCAAGCAAUUUUUCUGUUUGUUUACAUUCGGUGGAGAAAGUUAUAUGUCAACACUUGGGCAGCAUGGUCCACUGAUUGCCUGCAGGAGUGGGGCCUCUUUGUACGACUGGCAAUUCCAAGCAUGCUCAUGUUAUGCAUCGAAUGGUGGAGUUAUGAAGUUGGAGCUUUCCUAGCAGGAAUAAUUAAUGAAGCUGAACUUGGAGCACAAAGUGUUGUUUAUCAGAUAUUACUGGUGGUAUACAUGAUACCUCUGGGAUACGGGGUGGCUUCAGCUGUUCAUGUGGGAAAUGCACUGGGUGCAGGGAACCCAGAGAAAGCUAAAAAUGUUGCGAAAGCUGCUCUGUGGUGCGUUGGAUUUCUGGCUUUGGUGAUUUUUGCGGUACUGGAGGCUAUAAAGGAUGUGAUUGGUUAUGUCUUCACCAAUGACGAGGAAAUAAUUCAAUUAGUUGAGAAAGUGUUACCAAUAGUCGCUACUAACCAAUUGUUUGAUGCCUUGGUUUGUGUGAAUGGUGGAGUGCUGAGAGGAACUGGGAAGCAAAGACUGGGAGCUAUCGGUAACCUAGUGGGAUUUUAUCUCAUUGGUUUUCCCAUUGGAAUAUCACUGAUGUUUGCUGCAAAGUUUGGGAUCAUUGGUUACUGGUAUGGAAUGGUCAUUUGUGUCUUUUUCCAGUAUGCUUUCUAUCAGAUAGUGAUUUACAAAAUCAACUGGAAUGAAGCAUCCAAUCAGAAGUGCAGUCAGGAGGCAUUGCUGUCAUUACAAUGGGAGAUGCCACUCCAGUGGAGAAUAAUGUGAACACUGGACAAAUGAGAGAAGAGAGCUCGGCCCCUAAAAUGAAUGUUGAAGAAAAAUUGUCCAUGAAACAAUUGAUUGUUCGUCGGGGAAUAGCCAUCCUUUCAGGAUUACUUAUACUGGCAAUUGGACUAUUGCUGAAGAACAUGUAGACUCCAGUGAACUUUGCAGAGACAAGUGGGAAUACAGAUCACCUUCUGUGGUCAGUGGAGCAGCUAUAAGAGGUGCUCUGUGUGUUAUCUCAUUUCUCACUUCUUAGCAACAAUGAAUGUUAAAGGAAUGUCAAUUAUAUUACAGAUUGGAAGGAAGGCCGUUCAGACAGACUCCUGUAAUUGUUUAAAGCGUAUGUGUCCAUUUUAGUGACCAGGCCCUCACCGGUGUAGGCACCUGCCUACUCGAAACAGGACCAGGGACAACUUGGUGGCUUUUGCUAUCAGGUUUCCAUCAGCUCAAAGACCUCCCAGUUGGCGCUCAUGUACAUCAUUGACUGAAGCUGGAAAGGAUUUUUAUGAACACGGAAAUGAGAAAAGCAAUUAUUGGUGUGGUGACAUUAAUCUUCUUUGUGGGGGUGGGCGGAGCAAUCUGAGUCACAAUUCUUUUUAGACGUACCAGUGCACAACAAAAAAAUUUGCAUCUAUAUUAAAACUUUAAUGCAGCAAAA